AACAUCCACGCACACUCACUGACAGUCUGUAUGGCAUCAAUAUGGACUCAGCAUUCAGCCCUGAUGAUGGCUGCUCUGUGGCUGCUUUUGUGGACCUCAUUUCACCUUCCUUUUCCUGUUUUUUCCAGUCUUCCUGAAUGUUCGGAGGGAAAUGCAGUAAAGGGAAAGGAGGCUAUAAGAGACAGAUUAAAUGUUUGGAGGAAACAAAGACAGGGUGGUUUGGAUUCUAUUUCACCUCAGUGUGUGAAACUUGUCGAAACAGAGUCUUUGGCCCUGCAGUCAGAAGGAGAUAUUGUGAUUGGUGGUUUUUUUCCUCUGCAUUAUGUGGCUCCUAAGCCACAGCACAGCUACUCUACCAAACCACACCGCACACACUGCAGUGGUUUUGACCACAGAGCCUUCCGCUGGAUGAUGACCAUGGUGUUUGCAUUGGAGGAAAUUAAUCGUGAUUCAAGUCUGUUACCAGGUGUCACACUUGGUUUCAGGAUCAUGGACAGCUGUGACCAUGUCCACACCAGCAUGCAAGCUCUUUUCCCUUUAAUCAGCCAUGUCAAAGUUGUGACAACAAAAGUGAAACAAUCUGUAAAAACUGGAAACAGAUUAAAUACGUCAAAGGACAUAGGUGGUAGACAGGAUGAAAGCACAGUGCUGCAUGACCAUAAAGAAAAUGACAUAACAAGAAACAUUACAGAGGAGAGAAUGGAUAAAAGUAAACAAUCUGAGAUUUUGUGUUUAGCUGGGUCUCCUGUGUCUGCAGUGAUUGGCCUUGCAUCCUCUUCCCCUACAAGAGCUGUUGCUCACACUCUCGGUCCUUUCAAUAUCCCACUGGUGAGUUACUUUGCCACAUGUACUUGCCUUACUGACAAGCAGCUGUACCCAUCCUUCUUGCGGACUGUUCCGAGUGAUCUCUUUCAAGUUAGAGGUCUUGUACAACUGGUUACAUCCUUAGAAUGGCUCUGGGUGGGAACAGUAGGGACCACGGAUGACUACAGUCACUACGGAAUCCAAGCGUUCUCUAACCAGUUUAGGCAGCGAGGUGGGUGUGUGGCAUUUCAUCUAACGAUCCACAAGUCACCCACAGAAGCUGAGAUACAAAUAAUGGCAGGCAAGCUGCAGCGUUCAAAUGCACAGGUUGUAGUGGUCUUCGCCACAGAGGGUCAGCUACUGGAACUGUUUUCAGAGCUGGCUAAAAGAAAUGUGACAGGGAUCCAGUGGGUAGCUAGUGAAGCCUGGGUGACUGCUAGUGUGCUGACCUCACCCAGCUUCCACCCUCUCCUAGAGGGCACAUUGGGCUUCUCCUUCCCUGGUGCCAGAAUCCCCACCUUGGAAGAAUUCCUGCUGAAUGUCCGGCCAUCUCCUGAACCAGGGAUGGAAUUUGUGAACAUGUUUUGGGAAGACCUCUUUGGCUGUAGAUUACAGUUCAGAAACAGAUCUGAAACUGAUGCAGCAGGUACUGUAAAUAAUGAGAUGGGAUCAGAUGCUUUUGGUGACAAAUCAGAUUCUUUAACCAACUUGGUUGUGCCCACUGUUGAGCAAAAGCUCACAUUAAAAGUGUUGGCUGAUGAGAAGCCUGUAUGCACAGGUUCAGAGGAUCUGCGGAAAACAAACAGCAGUUACACUGAUGUAUCUCAGGUCAGAAUAUCCUACAAUGUGUACAAAGCUGUGUAUGCUAUAGCCCACGCUCUGCACACUUUGCUCAACUGCAGUUCUACAGGUCUUACAGGGGAGUGUGUUAAAGACAUAUCAUUUACUUCCACAGAGCUGCUGCAUCAUUUGAAAACAGUAAACUUUACUGACCAGUUUGAGGAGAAAGUAUAUUUUGACUCCAGUGGAGAGCCAGUCCCUCUGUAUGACAUCAUUAACUGGCAGAAGGACGGCAAUGGUGACAUUAGGUUUGUCAAAGUGGGAAGCUUUGAUGGUUCAGCUCCACUUGGGCAACAAUUGCAGAUGGAGCAGAGUGCCAUUGUAUGGACAAGAGGGCAGUCACAGGUGCCAGUGUCUCAGUGUAGUGCUCCAUGUCCUGCUGGCAGUCGAAAGGCCAGGCGUCAAAGAGAGCCUCACUGCUGCUUUGAUUGUCUUCCCUGUGCUGAUGGAGAGAUCAGUAAUGUGACAGGUUCCAGUGAGUGCACCAAAUGUCCAGAGUUUCACUGGUCAGACAAAGACAGGGUGAAAUGCAUUGCCGGGGUUGAAGAGUUCCUGUCCUUUUCCGACACCAUGGGCAUCAUCCUGCUCUUACUCAUUCUGCUGGGUGUUGUCCUGACAACCAUCAUCACCACUGUCUUUCACCGGUUCCGCUCCACACCCAUUGUCAAGGCCAACAACUCAGAGAUAAGUUUCUUGCUCCUUGUCUCACUGCAGCUGUGCUUCUUGUGUUCCCUGGUGUUCAUUGGUCAGCCAUCUGCGUGGUCAUGCAGGCUUCGGCAGGCAGCGUUUGGGCUCAGCUUUGUCCUCUGCCUGUCUUGCCUCCUUGUAAAGACCAUUGUUGUUCUCUUGGCCUUCCAGGCAAGAGUACCUGGUUCCAGAGUUAUUAAGAUGUUUGGGCCCUCUCAACAGAGAGCACUGAUCCUCUGCACUACAGCUCCUCAGGUUUGUCUCUGUGCUGGUUGGUUGUUGGGGGAACCCCCUUUCCCUUUUAGGAACACAAACUAUCAAGCCUCAACUGGAAAAAUCGUUGUAGAGUGUAAAGAGACAUGGCCUCCUGGAUUUUACCUGGUCCUGGGCUACAUUGGACUCCUGGCAUUCCUCUGCCUCCUCCUGGCGUUCCUCGGGCGCAAGUUACCUGAUGCAUUCAAUGAGGCCAAGCUAAUCACAUUUAGCAUGUUGAUUUUCUGGGCUGUGUGGAUUACUUUCAUACCAGCUUAUGUUAGCUCUCCUGGGAAAUUUACUGUGGCUGUAGAAAUAUUUGCUAUAUUAGCUUCCACUUUCGGGCUAUUACUGUGUAUUUUUGUCCCCAAAUGUUAUAUUAUUUUAUUGCAACCUGAAAGAAAUAAUAAGAAAGUUGUGACUGGAAAAAAUACCAGAUGAACUAAGUAUUUUUGGCAUUUUUUUAUUUUAUGCUUUAUGUAGGGAGCAGAUGGCAAGUUGCACUUCAUCACUUCAUAUUAUUGGACUGAUCUCAUUUUAUUUCUUCAUGAUAUCUUUGAUGGUUGCUUUUUUAGGCCCUGCAUAGCUGAAAAACAGGACACUAAUCUUUGUGUUACUUAAAGGUAGAAGUAUGGUUUGUUGAAUAGGCACCAAAAGCUCUUCAGACAACAUUAAGUUCUACAACAAAUGAGAACGGAAAUGGCUGGAAUCAAUUCUACGGAAAAAGACCUGAAAACAUGAGUGUGUCACGAACAAGGUCGUGGAAGCCAGGGGAAGGACACAAAUGCAGAGACUUGAGGUUCAGGCAAAUUGCAAAAACGUUUACUCAGUCCAAGUCAGUUCACGGGAAAUCAGUUCAAGCAGGCAGAGGUAACAGAAUCACAAGUCAAGAGACGGGGUUGUGACAAUCUGGCAGGCAAGGGUUGAAGAGCGGGAAGACAAGAACUGAGACAAGGUACGUGGGACAAGAGUGCUGGAAUGCGAGACAAAGCUACAAACGAACUGGCGACGAGAGGAGACACAGAGAGGGUUUAACAGCAGUGCUGAUUAGGGAGUAAGUGCAUGCAGGUGCGCAGUCCAAUCAGGCAGCAGGUGGACACAGACGAGAAGGGGGCAGGGCAAACAGGAACCUGAGACAGGGGUGAGUGCUCACAAAAUAAAACAGGAAGACAACUCAUGAAACAUGACAGACAAAUCAAACCAUGACAGAGUGUGGAAUUAUUUAAAUCAUGUGCUGUGAGGGACUCAUAUCAUUUAGCUCUUCUGUUGUAAAUGAAAUGUCACUGUUGUCAGUAAAAAUACUUCAAAUGGGAGCUUUUAAGGUGCACAUGUUCUUUUUUCCUUUUCACUGCUAUAAAUGAUAAUUGAGCUGUUUAUUAUUUUGUUUCAAAAUUCGAAAAAAGAAAUGUAACUUUGUUUCACAAAAUAAGAGGACAUAUACAGAGACACACAGCCAUUCAGUCUCACAUUGACACCCAUAGUGAGUAGAGUGUCCAUUUAACCUGAUCUGCAGGAUGUGGGAGAGAGAAAACCCACUCACACGCAGAGAAAUGUAAACUCCACAAAGAAAGGCCCUUGACCGAACUAGAAUACAAACUAGUGACCAUCUUGCUGUCAGGCAACAAUGUUAGCUACUCACACUCGAGUCUACGAGUCUUUCCCUCACGUCUUUAUUUCAGAUGAAUUAUUUGUAUUUGUAUACAUUUCUUUCUUCAAGCUAUAGAUUAAAGUGAUGAACUCAAUUUAA